GAAUUUGCAUUAGACAUAAUAAUUAUGCAACACACAAAACAGCUUAACUAUACCGACAGUUGCCGACAAUAAUAAUACAUUUUUCUUAAAUAUUGUUUUAGCACCGAAUUUGUGUUGUACAUACAUAUAAUUACAAUUAAUACUGCUACUGCAAGUUUUUUUUAUUAAUACCAGUGAUGUUAAUACUAAACGAAGACUAAAAACUAGGGUUUUCAUUUUCUGGGGAUUUUAAUGUUGCAAAUCUUCAAAAUAAUAUUCACGAGGCAUGAAACGUCAAACAAGAUUAAUUUAAUUUGCCGCAGGUUAAUUUUCAGCUUGUCUGGUUUGCACAAAGCCACAGGACAAAGGCAACAUUCGUUUUAAUUAAGGAAUUACAUAUAACGUCCAAUUUAUGAAAGUGAUCCCCAGAAAAUGUUUUCAGACUACUAAUGGAUAAUUAUAACCGGAUACGUAAUUAGCGAUACUUCAAGUUUAAAUUUUUUACACCUGAUAAAAAAACCGUUACGCUUAAGCAACGGGCUCAUUAAAAAUUCUUGAAAUUUCUGAACUAAAGUAGGAGAUUAAAAAAAAACUGGGUUGAACCCACCAGCUCCAGGUGACGACCGAAGAAAAAUACUGAAUCGUCAAACUCCAAGGUGACUUGGUUCGCGGUUUUGUUGUAACAACAAUGAAAAUGAGCUAAUCCAUCGCAAGAGGAUUUCCAAUCGACCUUGGCUUUGGUCUUGCUUGGUUCAAGGAUGUAAACAUUAAACUUGAUUUAGUACAAAUAGAACCACCAAGUUGUUAACUACUAAGUAAUUUCAGCGUCACUGCAGCCAAGAUGAAUCCAGAAGAUAUGAGUGUGUCCGUCUCCAGACAGGAGCUAUCAACAUUACCAUCACAGUUAAAUCAAUCAACAGACUGUACAUUUAUAAUUGGUGGCGAAGAAAUAGGAGCUCAUAAAAUUGUGCUAACAUGCUGCAGUCCUGUUUUCGAAAAAAUGUUCUAUGGAAAAUUGGCUUCGAAUCGAAUUAUUAUUACAGACAUCUCUUUGGAAGAUUUUACUCAGAUGCUCAAAUUUAUUUACACUAACACUGUGAGAAUCAAGUCAGUAUUACAUGCCUGGUCAUUAUUUUAUGUUGCUCAUAAGUAUUUACUAGAUAAUUUUGCCAAUGCUUGUGUUAAUUAUAUCCAACAGAAUUUUAAUAUUAACAAUUUGAUACUGAAUUAUGAAUAUGCCGAAAUGUAUGGGAUUAAGAAGUUACAAAUGAUUUGUAUGAAUGAUAUUGCUGACUACGUUAGAGGAAUAUUCCUAUGUGAUUAUCAUAUGAAACCGACAAGCCUUGUGACAAUCUUACAACAAAAAACUUUAAAUAUUAGUAAUAAUGAGUUAAUAAUAGGAGUUUUAAACUGGGCUGUUACAGAAUGUGAUAUUAAAAAUAUUAGUCUAUCAGCAGAAAACAUGAUAAAUCUCUUAAGGUCAUUUGAAAUUCUACAGUUUUUAAUUGACGUAGAUUUUACUAUUAAUCCCAAUUCAGAUAACUUAAUACUCAACUGUAGUUACUUAAUUAAAAGUUUUAAAAACCCCAGCAUACCAUACAGACAAUAUUUGAAAAAACAGUGGUGUAUUUUUUGCAAAUGUAGACAAACAUAUAAAAUUGCGAGUAGAAUUGAGAUGAGAGAACGAGAUGUUUUAAUUUCCAAUAUUUCAGUCAAUAGAACUUGUCUAUUAUAUGGCUUAGUGGUGGUAACAGAAAAUAAACAAGUUGGUAACGAAAAUAACGAAUAUAACGGCGGCAUCCGAAUUAAAAUAGGAGAAAUUAAUAAUCGUGAAACAAUCAUUGAUACCACAUUCCAUCAGACUUUAUUGUAUGAAACAUCAGUGUACGUCCCUCUGUCUGAUGUUUUUUACUUAGAGUCAGAUAAAAUAUAUUCAAUUAAAAUUAAUUACCAGAAUUUUGACGUUUUUAAUGAUUUGGGUGUUAAAAAAAGUUCCGUUUUAUGUAAUUACAUGAGCAAUAAGUUGAUUGAUCAGCGAAGGAAUAUAGUUUUCUCAUUUGAUGAGUUAGAUGGUACUGUUAUUAGAGGUAUUUCUUAUUAUCCCUGUGUAGAAAUGUGAAAUGUAAUUUAAAUAAAUUGUUUCGUUCA